CCGGGGCGGGCCGUUUGGUUGGUCCUCCAAGGGAUGCUCUCUCCGCAGCGCCGAGGCCAGCCUCGUUCUCCCAAAGCCGCGGUCGCCCCGCACCAGCCCUCGGCCGCCGACAUGGCCCUCUACUGCGGCGACAACUUCGUGUACUCACAACCCGCCGCCGCGCCCGGUGCGCCCCCGACCUCCAGGGCGCCCUACGGGCUGUCCGAUUACGCCGCGCCACCCGCCGCGGCUGCCAACCCCUACCUGUGGCUCAACGGGCCCGGCGUGGGCGGCCCGGCCUCCGCUGCCGGCUACCUGGGCGCCCCGCCGCCGCCCCCCGGAGCAGCUCCCGGGCCCUUCCUGCAGCCGCCAGCCGCUCCGGGCACCUUCGCGGGCGCCCAGCGGGGCUUCGCGCAGCCCUCGGCUGCUGCCCCGGCCUCGCCCGCCGGCUCGACAGCUCCGGGCGAGCUGAGUUGGCUGUCGCUGACCGGCCACGAGGACCUGAUGAAGAUAGUGCGGCCGCCCUACUCGUACUCGGCGCUCAUCGCCAUGGCCAUCCAGAGCUCUCCCGAGCGCAAGCUCACCCUCAGCCACAUCUACCAGUUCGUUGCCGAUAACUUCCCUUUCUACCAGCGCAGCAAGGCUGGCUGGCAGAAUUCCAUUCGCCACAACCUAUCACUCAACGACUGCUUCAAGAAGGUGCCCCGCGACGAAGACGACCCAGGGAAAGGUAAUUACUGGACUCUAGAUCCAAACUGUGAAAAAAUGUUCGACAAUGGAAACUUCCGUCGGAAGCGAAAGCGCCGUACUGAGGCCAAUAGCAACCUCACUGUGGCUUCAGGAACAUCAAAAUCAGAAGGGUUGUCCUCAAGACUAAGAGUGAGUGGGAAGCAAGAAGGAGACAGCCCCUCUAUGAUGAGGCCAUCUCAGUCACCAGAACCUCCAGAGGGCACCAAGAGCAACUCCUCCUCUCCUGGAACAUCCACACACACCUCCACCCCCUGCCUCAACACUUUCUUCAGCAGCCUCAACACUUUAAGUGGAAACCCCAGCAGCAUGAGCACCCAACGAGGCAUCCCAGGCAAUCGCCGCUCCCUAGGGGGUACCCAGCUGCCCUCCAGUGCCUUCCCCAACACCUCCAUCCCAGAGGGCUCUCCAGACUCAGUGCAGCGCACUAUGGGUGGAAGCAACCAGCUGUCUGCCUACUACAGCCCAUUCUCUGGCGGCAGCAGUGGGGACCAGAGUAGCCCCUUCAGCAGCCCUUUCUACAACUUCAGCAUGGUCAACAGCCUCAUCUACCCCAGAGAUGGCUCUGAAAUGUAAACAGAGCCCAGACUUUCUCAAAUGUGCACUUGAGGUCCGCUUUGAAUGUAGGCUCAGUUCAGGAGGGUCUGGGUAGGACCGAGCUUCUGCAUUGAUUUCUGUGAGUUCCUGGAUGAUUCCACAGGCCAUUGGCUAUGCUCAUGGUAACCAUAGUAGUUUUUUUUUUGUUUGUUUGUUUGUUUGUUUUUUUGGUUUUACGAGACAGGGUUUCUCUGUAUUGUUUUGGAGGCUGUCGGUCCAUAGUAGUUCUUAUGCUGCAGCAGACUGUUCCAGGUUUCUCUGUCUGUGUGCCUCUCUGGAGAUGAAAGGCACCUUAUUCAGUCCUGGGAUGGUAGGUAGAACUCUGUGAGGACUGCAUCUAUUUUAUUCACUUGUAUAUCAGAGCAGCAAGCUCAAAUGUAUACAGAUAGGCAGCUUGGUGGGGAGAAGGCCGUUGAAGUUAGGGAUGGGAAAAAUCAAAGCAGUUGGCAGCUGGAGGCAAGGGGAUUGACCAGCUGGUUAUUUCUUCCAUGACAGAAUUCUGAUUUUUUUUUCAAAGUAAGCCAAAUAAUCUGGAUUUUUUUCUUAAAUAAGAAAACUCUUAAUUUUGUAUCCUUUGCUUCCUGUGAUACAAGAAAUGCUGCAAACCUUUCUGAAUC